AUGGCAGACGAGAUGCAGAGGCACAUCAAGCUCACCAAAGCACAAACCACCCCAGUGGUGCUGGUCGUAGGGGACCCAGGUCGAGUGGAUAAGGUGAAGAUGUUAUGUGACUCGUACGUCGAUUUGGCAUAUAAUAGAGAAUACAAGAGUGUUGAAUGCACCUACAAAGGGCAGAAGUUCCUUUGUGUGAGCCACGGAGUGGGAUCAGCAGGAUGUGCAAUCUGCUUUGAAGAGUUGAUGAAUAACGGAGCCAAGGUAAUCAUUCGUGCUGGCUCUUGUGGAUCCCUCCAACCAAAUGAAAUCAAGAGAGGAGACAUCUGUAUAUGUAAUGCAGCAGUAAGGGAAGACCGAGUGUCUCACCUUAUGAUUUAUUCAGACUUCCCAGCUGUCGGCGAUUUCGAGGUUUACGACACAUUAAACAAAGUUGCACAAGAGUUAAAAGUGCCCGUUUUCACUGGAAUUAGUUUAUCAUCCGAUAUGUACUACCCACACAACAUCAUCCCGACGAGGCUGGAGGAUUACUCAAAGGCGAAUGUCGCUGUCGUCGAGAUGGAAGUAGCGACGUUGAUGGUGAUGGGUACUCUACGAAAGGUAAAAACAGGUGGCAUUUUCAUCGUCGAUGGGUGCCCAUUGAAGUGGGAUGAAGGUGACUUCGACAACAACCUCGUUCCGGAGAGAUUGGAAAAUAUGAUAAAAAUAUCUUUGGAGACCUGUGCCCGCAUGGCGAAGAAGUAUUAG